AUGGCCUGGAGAGGUGCUGUCCCAGCUUUCGUGCUCCGGCUCUGUAGCAUCCUCCCUUGCCUGCUCCUCCUGCGAGCAGAUGCGGGGCAGCCGCCAGAGGAGAGCUUGUACCUGUGGAUCGACGCCCAUCAGGCGAGAGUGCUCAUAGGAUUUGAAGAAGACAUUCUGAUUGUCUCAGAGGGGAAAAUGGCCCCAUUCACACAUGAUUUCAGGAAAGCACAACAGAGAAUGCCAGCCAUUCCUGUCAAUAUCCACUCCAUGAAUUUUACCUGGCAAGCUGUGGGGCAGGCAGAAUACUUCUAUGAAUUCCUGUCUCUUCGCUCCCUGGAUAAAGGCAUCAUGGCAGACCCAACUGUCAAUGUCCCUCUGCUGGGAACAGUGCCUCACAAGGCAUCAGUUGUUCAGGUUGGUUUCCCAUGUCUCGGCAAACAGGACGGUGUGGCAGCAUUUGAGGUGAACGUGGUUGUCAUGAAUUCUGAAGGCAACACCAUCCUUCAGACCCCUCAAAAUGCUAUCUUCUUUAAAACGUGUCAACAAGCUGAAUGUCCUGGAGGGUGUCGAAAUGGAGGCUUUUGUAACGAAAGGCGAGUCUGUGAGUGUCCUGAUGGGUUCUACGGGCCUCACUGUGAGAAAGCCCUCUGCAUACCUCGGUGCAUGAACGGCGGACUGUGUGUCACUCCUGGUUUUUGUAUCUGCCCACCUGGAUUCUAUGGCGUCAACUGUGAUAAAGCAAACUGCUCAACUACCUGCUUUAAUGGAGGUACCUGCUUUUACCCAGGAAAAUGUAUUUGCCCUCCCGGACUCGAGGGAGAACAGUGUGAAAUGAGCAAAUGCCCACAACCCUGCCGAAAUGGAGGUAAAUGCAUUGGUAAAAGCAAAUGUAAGUGUCCCAAAGGUUACCAAGGAGACCUCUGUUCUAAGCCCGUCUGCGAGCCUGGCUGUGGAGCUCAUGGAACCUGCCACGAACCCAACAAAUGCCAAUGUCGAGAAGGCUGGCACGGAAGGCACUGCAAUAAAAGGUAUGGAGCCAGCCUCAUGCACGCCCCGAGGCCAGCAGGCGCCAGGCAGGAGCAGCGCACACCCUCCCUUAAAAAGACUGAAGAGCGGCGGGAUCCACCUGAAUCCAAUUACAUCUGGUGA